GUGCUCUUUACGCAUUCCCAUUGGCCAGUGUGCGACGUCACUGGAAGAAGGCCGAACGGGAGUCGGCCAUUUGCCUCGGCCCUCCCUGUUUCACUUUAAUGCAGUCCUGGCCCGGCUAUAGUCUAAAGUGGCUUAAAACUUUUCCGGUGUGUCAGUCAUGCAAGGGGGGGAUAUCGACUGUCAAAGAGUUGGUGAAGGUUUUGUGCAGUGGUAUUACAACCAGUUUGAUCACACCAAUAGGAUGGAACUGGUCAACCUUUAUGCUGAAGGUGCAACUCUGACAUGGGAAGGAACCCUCUUCCAUGGGAGAGAAGCCAUUGCUGGAAAACUGACUGGCAUGCCGUUCCAGCAAAUUAAGCACAUUGUCACAGACCAAGAUAUCCAGCCCACAGUCGACAGCAGCAUCCUCAUCAUGGUCUUUGGACAGUUAAAGACGGACAACGAUCCACCUUUGGCCUUCCACCAGGUGUUCAUGCUGAAGCCACAGAACUGCAACUGGGUGUGCACGAAUGACGUAUUCCGGCUGGGUAUACAUAACAUAGCCGUGGAGCCUUAAUAGCCAACAAGACUUCAAACUAAUUCCUCAAAGUCAUCCCAAUUGCUCAUCCUGCCUUCCCCUUCAUAUGUCCUGUCAGUUUUUCCCAAGAAUGGAAAAAAAAAAAAAACAUCUGAAGACUGAAAUCUUCUGUGUCUUUUGUUCAUUUGUUGGCAUUGUGCAAUAAAAUUGGGAAAUUUA